AUCAGGCUUGACAUUAAAAGCAGAAGCUUUGAUGCUCCACCUGAGAGUAAAUCUGUAAGGCUUGUCACCAGCAUUCAGACAUUAAUUCUGUUUGCUUCACAGCCAGACAGGACACGGGGGGGAAGAAAGAAGAAAAUUGCAGCCUGAUUGGUCCAUUUGUAAUGAAACUUUCAAAAAUUAAUGAGAAUUUUAUGCCGAAAUACAUCUUUAAACAGGCUGCUUUCUUCUGACUGGAACUACUGACUCUAUCUGCAAGUUUAAGCACAAGAUUAUGUUUUUGCAUUUUAAAUUGUAGCAUUUAUUAGCAUUUUUAAGUAUCGUGCCAGAUGUUUAUGAGGUUUUAGGGUCACUAUGUUAGUAUAGUUGUUAUUUUUUUCCUAAAUGUCACCGAGUCACUGAAAACAAGUCACCAGCGAGAGCAUAUUAACUGGGAAGGAUCUAAACUCACUUGCAGAAAGGUGAAAUUGAUGAGUUUUGAAUUGCAGCUGGCCUGAAUAUGAAACCAUUAAUACCAGAUCAAACGUCUGGAUCAACCAGAAAUGCUGCAUUUUUCUGCUGUGUGCUUGUCAAUAACCAUGGUUUGCAAAAUUGAGAUUUAUGGGAUAUUUUUCUAAGGGCAUCAAUGCACUUUGGCCUCGGUUCUCCUCCCACUCGAUGUUAGCGUUUCAGUCCUGAUUCUCCAAACAGAGACUCUUUCUACAUUUCUACGCUUUAACACACGGUGAGGAUACUUGAUCACUUGUAGCAGGCGGAGCCCCCAAGACGUGGCCAGGGGGUGCCAUGGCCAUCCCAGGAAAAAUAAAAAACAUUAAUUUGAAACAGUAAAAUAAUUUAUUAGAAAAUAACUUUUCAAUAAAUAAUCUAUUACAUACAUGCUUAGGCCUAAUUUUUUUAAUGAAAAAGAAUGAACGAACAAUGCAGUGCACAGCUACAGGCUAAAAUCUCAGGAACCUAGUCUGACAAGCCUAUAAAUAUCUCGCCACGACCAAUGGACAAAGCUCAGUCGUGGGACGGAAUCUUUGGUUGUCCUUUAAACUGUCUCCACAUUCUAUUGGACAACGAACAACACACUGAUGUACACACUGCUACAGAUAUCCCAAGUCCAGAGUUGAUACCAAAGCUGUUUCACACGCACCAUUUUAGUUGUUCCACUCUGUCGUCAUCCUGCUGCUGAAAUUCAUUUAGUCUCUGCUGCUUGCUAGGCCAGGGGUUCCCAACCUGGGGUUUGUUGCAGGGGGUUUCCAAGACUACAUUUUUAAAAUCCCAAUAACACACCCACUUGUAAAAUCAAAACUCUGUAAAAGCCACAAUUCUGCAUGUAUGAAGUUUGUAAUGAUUCACUUUUGAUUGUGUACUUGUUGAUAGGAGUUGAGGUUGGGGGGCCCUGGCUGGUUUUCGACACAGGAAAGGGGGUCCUCAUGAAAAAAGGAUGGGGACCACUGGUCUAGGCCAUCAGCAAACAAUUUGGUGUGCCUCCUAAGCUUUUCACUGCCCCCCUAUGAACAUUUUCUGGGAGCACCACUGCUUCUAGUUGAUACUAAAGCUGCUAAAAAAUGCACCACAGCAGAUUUAGCAAGUUUCAAUAAAAAAUAGUUGCUAACUUGAACAAAAUGAACACUGUGAUAAAGUUUUGAAAGAAGUGCCAAUCAACAUCCUGCAAAUGCUUCACGUGGAUAAUAAAUUUCAGAUAAUAUUGACUGAUGAUUAAACAGUGAAGCUGCAAAAAAGAUUUUAAUUCAGUCAUGCUCUUAUUUUGAUGCUUGUAAGUCAUCUGUGACGGGGUCACAGAUGACGGGGUACACAACUGGGUCAGUGCUGAAGAUUCGGCGUGCACUAUGUAAAUGUCAGCGGGACAUGUGGACGUGCAUGUGAAUAAUACGAGUGGGGAGGCAUGUGGUGUGGUGAAACCCAGCUCAGCCCCUGCAGAUCAGAGAACCACCCUGAAGUUCAGCUCUGCUUUGCUCGGGUUCCUUUCUAAACACUUUAUUUUUCCCGUCUCUCCUGUCAGAACGCAGCCGUGUCCCACGAGAGGACACCCGGGGAAGCCAUGUCAGAAGAGGACAUUUUCAAAGCAGAGAUGGUUUUUAUCCGAGACUUUGUGGAAGCAGAAAGGGCAAAAAUAAUCCAACUGGAAGCAAAACCUCAAAGGGUACUACGAGCCCAGCUCAAAACAGGGAUCCUUCUUUAGACAGCCCUCAGUCUGAAAAUACACCCUACCACGCCGCCAUGGUGACGGUCCCCAAGGAAACAGCCGCCAAUAAACACCGGGACAUUUCCCAGCAGCAAUGGUGUCAUGAUACCUCUGGACAUUCUGAAGAUAGCUUGGGUUGCUUUGCAAACAGAGCGUCUCUGACAGAAGACAGAGCGAGCCCCACCAGCUCCAUAGACCUGUUCCCCACCCCGGCUUCAUCCAGGGAGUCCAUCCUCUCAGAGGGAAUGGAUAAAGACCGGAGUUGGUCGGGAAUGUGGCUCUCCUCUGUAACUUCUCCCACGUCUCUCAGCCGUACUGUUUCUCCCUGCUCGUCUAUCCGUUCCGGAGUCUUCUCCCCUGCCGUAGUUCAGAUUAAGAAGCACGUUCUGGCUCCUGGCUCCAGUUUGGUUAACAUCUCUCAGACCUGUUCCUCUUCCUGUGACAGCCUGUCAUCUGCCUGUCCGCAGACGCCGCCUAUGAGGCACCGGCCUCCUCUCACCAGGUUGUCCCUCCUUACUGCCAUCCUCAGGAAGGGCCGUCUUCCUGUCCUGUCUUCAGCACUGCAGAGGCCUUACACCCCCUGCUGGCCUGUGAAUCCUGUGACUUUAUCCUUCUGUAAUGCUUGUUCAGCUGCCUCCAGUGUAGCCUCUAUUCCCCUUGAGUUGUCUUCUCCGUUCUCCUCCACUACAUCUAUAGACAGUCAAAACAACAAAUGGAGAGAGCCCAACAGGAGCAUCACAGCUCCUCCAGCGAUGAAGUCCAUUGUUUGCAACAGAAUAGAUCCUCAAACUCAGCUGAAAGGAUGCUCUAAGCAUAUUUGCUCAAGCGGCGACCUCAGACAGAAGGAAGCGCUUUCACCUCCAUCAGUGACGAGCAGCAUGCUUCCUCAGCAUCCUCAGUUCUCAAACAUCAAAACAGUUUCUUCACCAAGACAUGAAAAGCCAUCUUCAGCGUCGUCACCAAACCCCAAGCUGCAUGCAAGCUACCCCUGCCCCAAGGACCACAAUAAAAACCUCGUCUCUCCAGCUUUUAAACACAUCAAAGAUCCUGAAACUCGUCGACCAAAUUCCUCCCUCUCAAAGCUCCAGAUGCUUUCCCAGCAGCUAAGAUCUCCACCCAUCUCCUCUCCUCAACUUCAGCCUUCCCAGUCACGCCUCACCCCUUCCCCUGUUCGCCCGAACACGGCGCCCCCCCUCCCCUGUUUAAAACAGAACACCAAGGUCGGAGGAAGUGAGUCGGAGCGGUUCGGCUCUGUUCCCAGAGGCGUUACGCCUUCACAGGCCUUUCACAAAACUCACCUGUCUCCAUCUCGCUACAAACCCAUCGUACUUUCUGGAUGGUCGUCGCCCUCCGCCUCACCCACACCUACGCCCUCUCCUGCUCCACCAAUCAGAGACUUCACACCGUCUCCUUCCUUGUCCCUGCGCUCCACGCCUUCCCCAAGGCCAGGGAGUGGAAUUUCAGACUGCAGUGACUGGGAGGUCAAAAAAAGAAAGACGCACAAGAUCAAGUUGAGCUACAAAUCGCUGGCUGCGAUUCCCACAAACACCCUACUGUUGGAUCAGCAAGCGAUUGAUGAGCAGGUGGAGAAUGAGCAGAACCAGAGGAAGAGCCUGGACAUACCUGAAACGGACACACACGCAGAGAUGUGCUCACCUGCUGAACUCCGGCAAAAGUCAGAGGAGCUUUACGCGGUGAUUGAUGAGAUACUGGCAAACUCCAAUCCAGAAAAGACCUUCAAGUCAUCGACUAAAGCUGGUUUCCAGCUAGACUCUUCAUUGUCAAAAUCUUUGGGACGUGAAACCAAAUAUGCAUCUUUGGGCAGCUUGCACCUGUCAGCCAAUAAGGAUAAAAAACUAACGGGUCAUAAAAAGGGGAAACCUGGGCUCAUUCGCCCGAUGACGGCCAUUCCCAGACUCACGGUGAAGGAGGAAAAGGAAUUUUAUUCAAAGCUUUCAUGGCAACUUUUAAAGCCGAGGACGACUAACAAGGAAAAGGUGGAAAAUGUUAGUAUGGAAGAGGCACGGACGCGUUUGUUUACAAGCUCAGAAGAAAAAGUGCUGAAAGCAGAGAUGACGCCCGAAAGAACAGGUCCUUUCUCGGUGUGUGAACUGCACAUUAAAGAGCCCGACGAGCCGAUCUGUCCUCCUGGAAAAGAAGCAGUGACAUCUUUCAGCUCUGCACAGAAGAAUGUGGAAGCAUUUGAAGCUUGUAUUUAAAGUAGAGUUUUAUUUAUUUUUUUGUUCCAGGAAACAGUUUUCUGUUGAUCAACUGGACUAAGGAUGAAAAAAAAGUUUAAAUGCACCUUGUCAGAGUUUGUAAUGGAGUAACUGUGUGUGGUUAGCAAAAGCCGUGAUUAAAAAUGAUCUGAUCACCAAAUAA